CUUACUGUCACUAUUUGGGCUCAUUCUCUUUUCCAGGGUUCACAUCUGCUCUAAAGGGACCUCCGGAACUGAGUGCAGUUCUUGGCCAGCUGCUGUCUUUAGGGUGUCAAUAUGAAGAAGGAUUUCAAACAUAUAAGAAAUAUUGGUGUAAAGGACCCAUCUGGGGUUCUUGUACCUAUGUUGUUCAAACUGAUGGAACUGAGGCUGAGGCCAAGGCGGGCAGAACCUCGACCCAGGACAAUCACAGUCGUUUGGAAUUCACAGUCAGACUGGAGAACAUCUCACAGGAAGAUGCUGGGAUUUACUGGUGUGGCAUAGAAAAAUCAUGGUAUGAUCCUGGGUUCCAGAUAAAAAUUACUGCUCUGCCAGCGCCAACGCCAGCAAUGACAACAGCUGUAAUUACUACAAAUGUUCCUACAGUCACAGAUUUCCCUACCACAGCAACACCAAGCCAUGAUUUUCUAUACAUGAUCCUGUUACCCAUUGUUUUUCUGGUGCUGGUGGUCAUUUUAAUAGGAGCUGUCCUGCUGAUGUGUAGGCUAAAGAAGCAAAAGGCUGCCAAGGCAUGUAAAGACGUUCCAUGGUCUUCGGCUCCUAGUGCAUCUGUGCAACCAACAGAUGGACACCAUCGUGAGGAAGCUCCUCUCCCCUUGAACCCAAUCCCAGGCAACACAACAGAAACGGAAUAUGCAUCUGUGAGAAUGGCACCAACAUCAGUCGACUCUCUGCCACAGGCAUUUACCAAUACAGAAAAUAUUUCUUAUGCUACCUUAAAGUUUUCUGCCAAGGAAGAGGAACCUACCUAUGCCAAUGUGGAGUAGGCGUUCAGUCCAAUCCUAGCAGUGACCGAGAACUGUGAACUGAAGAAGAAAAAGAGGGGGCCUCCUCUAUGGGACACUUUCUCCCUGUGCCAUCCUCCUCCCAUG